GCGGAAGAGCGAGUGCGGACCCUCGGACUCCGCCGCCACCAUGGCCACGGUGGACCUGGAGAAGCUGCGGAUGUCGGGGGCCGGCAAGGCCAUCGGCGUGCUGACUAGCGGCGGCGACGCGCAAGGCAUGAAUGCUGCCGUCAGAGCUGUGACUCGCAUGGGCAUCUACGUGGGAGCCAAGGUCUUCCUCAUCUGUGAGGGCUAUGAGGGCCUUGUGGAAGGAGGUGAGAACAUCAAGCAGGCCAAUUGGCUCAGUGUCUCCAACAUCAUUCAACUGGGCGGCACCGUCAUUGGCAGUGCUCGCUGCAAAGCCUUUACCACAAGGGAGGGACGCCUGGCUGCAGCCUACAACCUGGUCCAGCGUGGCAUCAGCAACCUGUGUGUUAUUGGUGGGGAUGGCAGCCUUACAGGUGCCAAUAUCUUCCGCAGCGAGUGGGGCAGCCUGCUGGCCGAACUGGUGGAGGAAGGUAAGAUCUCCGAGAGCACAGCACAGACCUACUCCCACCUGAGCAUUGCUGGGCUGGUUGGCUCCAUCGACAAUGACUUCUGUGGCACAGACAUGACCAUUGGCACUGACUCGGCCCUGCACCGCAUCAUGGAAGUCAUUGAUGCCAUUACCACCACUGCCCAGAGCCACCAGAGGACCUUUGUGCUGGAGGUGAUGGGGCGUCACUGUGGGUACCUGGCCCUGGUGUCUGCCCUGGCCUCCGGGGCUGACUGGCUGUUCAUCCCCGAGGCGCCCCCUGAAGAUGGCUGGGAGAACUUCAUGUGCGAGCGGCUUGGUGAGACUCGGAGUCGUGGGUCCCGACUGAACAUCAUCAUCAUCGCUGAGGGCGCCAUCGACCGCAAUGGGAAGCCCAUCACAUCCAGCUACGUGAAGGAUUUGGUGGUCCAGCGGCUGGGCUUUGACACACGCGUGACCGUGCUGGGCCAUGUACAGAGGGGAGGGACCCCUUCAGCGUUUGACCGUGUCCUGAGUAGCAAGAUGGGCAUGGAGGCGGUGAUGGCACUCCUGGAAGCCACACCUGAAACACCAGCCUGCGUGGUCAGCCUCUCGGGGAACCAGUCAGUGCGGCUGCCCCUCAUGGAGUGUGUGCAGAUGACGAAGGAAGUGCAGAAGGCCAUGGACGAGAAACGUUUUGAGGAGGCCAUCCAGCUCCGGGGCAGGAGCUUCGAGAACAACUGGAACAUCUAUAAGCGCCUUGCGCACCAGAAGAUCGCCAAAGAGAAGACCAACUUCUCCCUUGCCAUCCUGAAUGUGGGGGCCCCGGCGGCUGGCAUGAAUGCGGCCGUGCGUGCAGCAGUACGCACUGGCAUCUGCCACGGCCACACGGUCUACGUUGUGCACGACGGCUUUGAGGGGCUGGCCAAAGGACAGGUGCAGGAAGUAUGCUGGCAUGAUGUGGCUGGCUGGUUGGGGCGUGGUGGCUCAAUGCUGGGAACCAAGAGGACCCUUCCCAAGAGCUACGUGGAGAAGAUUGUAGACAACAUCCGCAUCCACAACAUCCAUGCCCUGCUGGUUGUCGGCGGGUUUGAGGCCUAUGAGGGCGUGCUGCAGCUGGUGGAGGCGCGUGGGCACUAUGAGGAGCUCUGCAUUGUCAUGUGCGUCAUCCCGGCCACCAUCAGCAACAACGUGCCUGGCACCGACUUCAGCCUGGGCUCCGACACCGCCGUCAAUGCUGCCAUGGAGAGCUGUGACCGCAUUAAGCAGUCAGCGUCAGGGACCAAGCGUCGUGUGUUCAUCGUGGAGACCAUGGGAGGCUACUGCGGCUACCUGGCCACCGUGACAGGCAUUGCUGUGGGUGCCGAUGCUGCCUACGUUUUCGAGGACCCAUUCAACAUCCAUGACCUAAAGGCAAAUGUGGAGCAUAUGACGGAGAAGAUGAAGACAGAGAUCCAGAGGGGCCUGGUGCUUCGAAAUGAGAAGUCCCAUGAAUACUACACCACGGAGUUCCUGUAUAACCUGUAUUCGUCAGAAGGGAAGGGUGUAUUUGACUGCAGGACCAAUGUUCUGGGCCACCUGCAACAGGGUGGCGCUCCAACCCCCUUUGACCGAAACUAUGGCACCAAGCUGGGGGUGAAGGCCAUGCUGUGGAUGUCGGAGAAGCUGCAGGCAGUCUACCGCAAGGGGCGGGUGUUCGCCAAUACUCCUGACUCAGCCUGCGUGAUCGGCCUGAAGAAGAAGGCAGUGGCCUUUAGCCCUGUCACAGAGCUCAAGAAAGAUACGGACUUUGAGCACCGCAUGCCCCGGGAGCAGUGGUGGCUGAACCUGAGGCUUAUGCUGAAGAUGCUGGCACACUACCGCAUCAGCAUGGCUGACUACGUGUCGGGGGAGCUGGAGCACGUCACACGGAGCACCCUGAGCAUCGAGAAGGGCUUCUAA